UAACUCGCAUCUUUCGACAGUACAAUUAUUUGAUUCAUGCAUCCAUGCAUUGGAUAAAAUUGUCUCACUGGAUUAAUAUUAAUUUAGUUUAAAACAAAAUAUUAUUAAUUUAUUAUUAUUAUUUAUAUUUUUUAUGAGCUCUUUUGUGAAUAAAAAAUCACCAGUUUUUAGGCAAAUUGACAAGCUGGCUGAUAAGCUUGAAAUUGAAAAUAAAAAAAUCAAGAUUGAUAAAACCAAGAGGCUUACUAAGCAACAGUUUUUCAAACUGUUUUUCAAUACUUGUUUUGAUUGCUGUAAAAUGUCUGCUAUUCCACAUGGUGGUUUUGCUGUACAUAAAGUACGAGAACGUCAAUUAUUACAUUUAAAAAUGCAGGCAAAAAAUGAUGAUAAAAAUAAUUCAUCAUCAUCAUCAAAUGGAUAUAAAAAAAAUUUAACUGAUGAAGCAAGAGAAUUGACACCACUCAAGUAUAAUAGCAAAUUAAUGAAUAGUAUUUGGGGAUUGUACAAUCGUUAUUCACCUCAUAAUUUUAAGAAAAAUACUGAUGCCAAUGAAAAUACUGCCGAGGGAGUGUUUUCGGCAGCGUGGGGGAAAUUCCUCCACGAUAACACUUCCCCGGCACAAACAUCAUCAGCUAGGAACAUUGCCGUCAAACAUUAAAAACAAAACUUUUUCAUGUGUAUCAUUAAAAUGACAAUCAAUAAAAAUAAUUAUUUUAAAAAUUGACUAUUUAUGUUUAUUUAUUAUCUAC